AUGUCAGCCGACCGUUUCACCACACUUCGCACCAGCCUUCUUGAGGGUUUCUACUACCUUGGAAAUCAACGCCCGCUACCUGAAGGUUGUCGUUGGACGACACUUGAUGGUAAACAAUUCGUCACCGUGCCUGUGACGCACGACAAUCCAAUCCCGACCGUCGCACCGUUUACCCUUGUCGGCCGCGUUGCUAUGAACUUGAACAACACCGGUCUGCUUGGAUCUUGGUCGAGGAACAGCAAAUUUAGCCCCGAGACCGCGCGUCGCACGUUCCAAAUUGGUCCACCUGUUGGCCAUGUUUUUCAACAGGAUUGGGCCCCAGCAAUGGGAAGAGUGAAGGAACUACAACUUGCAGGUUCAAAGAAUUCCAGAAAGGUUCAAUACUUAUUUGUCCAUGAAAAUGUUGCACCAGCGGAUUGCAUACUCAGAGCAGGUGCCAGAGUUUUUAGGGUGCUGUCACGAAGCGGCAGAGGCGGAGUGACUAACGGAGCGGGAAAGCGGAGCGACUAA